AUGUCUGUCACUAAGAUCGCUGGUAUCCUUCUCGGCUCCGCCGCCAUGGUCGCUGGUCACGGUUUCGUGACCGGUGCCGUUGUCGAUGGCACAUACCACACGGGUUAUCUUGUCAACAACUACCCCUACUCGAGCAACCCUCCCAAAACCAUUGGCUGGUCUGAGACCGCCACCGACCUCGGCUUUGUCGACGGCACUGGCUACGCCAGCGGCGACAUCAUUUGCCACAAGAACGCUAAGCCUGGAGCCCUCUCUGCGGACAUCAAGGCUGGUGGAAAGGUGGAGUUCCAAUGGACCCAGUGGCCCGAGUCUCACCACGGCCCUGUCAUCACUUAUAUGGCCAACUGCAAUGGCGACUGCGCCUCGGUUGACAAGUCUCAGCUGGAGUUCUUCAAGAUUGAGGAGAAGGGUCUCAUCGGCUCCGGACACUGGGCCUCGGAUGACCUGAUUGCCAACAACAACAGCUGGACCGUGACCGUCCCCAGCAGCCUGGCCGCUGGCAACUAUGUCAUGCGUCACGAGAUCAUUGGCCUCCACUCGGCUGGCAACGCGAACGGGGCCCAGAACUACCCCCAGUGCAUCAACCUCAAGGUUACCGGUGGUGGCAGCGACAAGCCUGUUGGCACCCUGGGCACCAAGCUCUACAAGGCCACCGACCCCGGUAUCCUUGUCAACAUCUACGGCAGCCUGACCUCCUACACGAUCCCCGGCCCUGCUCUCUGGACCGGUGCUUCUUCUGGCGGCUCCGAUGACAACGGUUCCACUCCCGCUUCCACUCCCACUCCCACCGCCGCCCCCUCCUCCACUGCUGCCCCCAGCGUGACCAUCACCAGCACCCCUGGACAGAAGACCCAGACCCCUGUCGCCACCCCCGCCCCGUCUACCCCCAGCUCGACCCCGGGUCUUCCCACCGACGGCAACCUGACCGACUACUUCAAGUCCCUGAGCCCUGAGCAGUUCCUCAGCGUCCUCAAGGAGACCUUUUCCUGGCUUGUUACCGAGAAGGUUCACGCUCGCUCCCUCUCUGCUUAG